AUGCUUAACCGCCUUUCUUUCUCGACCCUGGUGGUCCUGAUCACCAUGGUCAUCUCAUUCAUCUUGGCUGCCGAUGCUGCUCCCGCUGCUCCCAAGCCCAAGCCUGCCGCCCCCAAGGGUGAUAUUACCCUUGCACAGCUGACAAAGGCAUUUGCUGGUCAUUGCCCCAAGAAGACUGCUGGAGAUGUUAUCACCUGCAAGGAUGCCCUCCCUUACAUCAACGCCGCCAUCAAGAAGUACGGACUCAAGACCAAGGGCCAGAAGGCUGCCUACAUCGCCAACAUGGCCUUUGAGGGCGGAUACCUCCAGUAUAACCACAACUUGAACAUCCACAGCCAAGGAACUCGCUCGAUUAUGCCCGCCGUCUCAUUGAGAACCUUUGUCAACGCCAACAAGUCUGUCCAAAAAUUCUGGCCCGGAUUCCCCAAGAACGUUAACGACAACACCAUCGUUGAUGUCUUGAUCAAGAAGAAGGCCGACUUUGAGCCCGGUGCAUGGUGGGCUGUCUCCGGCCCAGGUUGUGCCCAGGUCGCCAAGGGUCUUUCAGGCUCUCAAGCUAGCUUCAUUGCCUGGGAGAAGGGUUGCAUCAACGGUGGUGCCGAGACUGUUGCUGCCCGUGCUGCCAUCUACAAGACUGUCUUUGCUGCUAUCUAA